CACAGUAUACCUUAGAUGCCACAGAUCAAGAAACAAAAAGAAGAAGAAGAACCAUCAUGUGAUAUGUCACGCCACAGUCAACAUGGCAGCGACCGUCUCUGUUUUUCAUCGAGCAAGACAUGGCCAGUUCGAUCAAGGCGUCAACAUUAUUCAGGUGGAAGCCUGGGAGGAUGAAGAGCAGUGCAUCAAGCUGGCGGAGAUCCUUGAGCUUCUUUUAGCUGCGGGAUAUUUUCGAGCUCGCAUCAAAGGGCUGUCACCUUUUGAUAAGGUGGUUGGCGGGAUGACCUGGUGCAUCACCACAUGUAACUAUGACAUUGACAUUGAUCUUCUUUUUCAAGAAAACUCCACCAUUGGUCAGAAAAUAGCUUUGACUGAGAAAAUUGUGUGUGUUUUACCAAAAAUGAAGUGUCCUCAUCACCUGGAGCCUCAUCAAAUCCAAGGGCUUGAUUUUAUCCACAUUUUUCCAGUGAUACAGUGGCUAGUGAAGCGGGCCAUAGAGACCAGAGAGCAAAUGGGCGACUACGUGAGAGCCUACUCCAUAUCUCAGUUCCAGAAGGCCUACGACCUUCCAGAGGAUGAAGAGUUUCAUCAUAGAAGAGGAAAGGCAGUAGGAGCAGUUCUUGAUGUACUGGAAGUAUACAAACCACAGAGAAAAUACAGAAGGCAAAAGGAGGCAGGGGAACUACUGGAUGAGGAGUCUAAGGUUCAGUCUACAUUGCUGGAAUAUGGCAGGCGAUAUGGAUUCAGCGAACAAUCCAAACAAGAUCAGUCAGGUGAAAAAAUGGCUUCGACGGCUAAGGACUCUGUGACACAGGUGUCAGAGGAAGAAGUUCAGUGGGCGGUGGAGGAGACCCGGAUCCAAAGCUUGAUGAACACAAUGGCCGCCAUGGGCAAUAUAGAGGGCCAACUGACAGCAAGUGCGGUGGGGUAUAUUGUGGGACAACAGUCCGAGGAGAUCAAACUGAUUGCGUCCGAGUAUGCUGAUAAGCACGUGGAGGUAUCAGAGGACUUUUCGGAGCGGUUUGGCACGCUUCACCAGCACCGCAGAGCUGUUGCUUCUCUGAACAAACAGAUCCAGCAGAAGGUUAACCAAUGUGGUGAGCUACAAGCCAAGCAUACAGAAGUUAAGGAAGGUUGCGGCGAGGCCAAGAUAAAACUGAUUGAGGUCACAGAGCAGUCGGACAGACUGAUGAAGGAGCUGAUGAUUUUGGACGGCAUGGAAGGGCAAGCUGACAGCAGUGUGCUGGAGAAGCUGAGGUGUCUGGUAACAAUGAAUGAAAACUUGAAAAUUCAAGAACAGGAGUUCCGUACACAUUGUCGAGAUGAGAUGAUCCGUCUGCAAAAGAGUAUUGACGAGUUAGGACCUGCAUCUGGACUGGGUACAGGGGAGGACAAGGAAAGAAACCAAUUGAUUGACCAACAGCAUAAUACAGACCGAGACAAGUUACACAAGCUCCGUCUGCUUAUGGCUAGGAGGAAUCGUGACAUCGCCAUUUUGCAGAGAAAGAUUGAUGAAGUGCCUUGCCGUGCAGAACUCACACAGUACCAGAAGAGAUUCAUCGAACUGUUUUGCCAAGUUUCUGCAACACACAAAGAGACCAAACAGUUCUUCACUUUGUAUAAUACUUUAGAUGACAAGAAAGUUUAUCUCGAGAAGGAAGUUAAUUUGCUGAAUUCCAUUCAUGACAACUUCCAACUAGCCAUGUCAUCUUCAGCAGCAAAGGAACAGUUCCUCAGACAGAUGGAACAGAUAGUGGAGGGAAUCAGACAGAGUCGUAUCAAGAUGGAGAAGAAGAAGCAGGAGAACAAAAUGAGGAGAGAUCAGCUGAACGACAAAUACCUGGAGCUGCUCGACAUCCGGAGGCUUUAUUUCAAAACAGUCAAAGACUUCAAAGAGGAAUGUCGAAAGAAUGAAAUGCUGCUGUCCAAAUUGAGAGCAAAAGGAGCAUCUUAGUUGCUGCAUUGCUGUGGUGAACGGUGUGCUUAGACAAAAUAUGCAUCGGUGAAAAUACAGGAAACCGAUACAUUGCUCAUGUGCGUCUUCUGAUCUCUUUCCUGCUGGUCUCAUGGAUGAUACUCUUGCCUUGAUUCAUUUGAUGCAAACAAUUCUGACAUUGUAUUUUUCUGUGCCCCCAUGCUGAAUGGAAAAAAAACUCAUUGACCUCUUUAACAAUAAAUUUGCUGCAUUUUUGUGUUUC